UCUUUGGAGAAAUAACUUUGCAAUUAAAAGCCAGGAUCUUCAUGCAAAGAAUCCCUCUCAAUAAAAAAACACCUCACUUAUUCCACGAACUGAAAUCUGAAAUGCCCUCCUCCUUUGACAGCAAAAAAUUGAAAGCAAUUUUUUCUUAACCGAGAACUUGUCAGGGGAAAUUUCUUCGCCAGUCAUUAAGUGAGGAAGCCACCGGUCUCCGACCAACCCCCCGCCCCAUCACAUAGUCCUGGCACAGGAUGAUUUUCUAGCUCUUUCUAGAGCGAUGCACCAACGAGAUCGUUUCUCUCCAACCAAAGGCCGAGACGUGCAGCGCUAGAUUCGGGCUUCUCCGGCGACAUCCCUCCUCCGUCUAAGGAAAUGCUGGAAGAUGCUCGCUCCCAUGUCCUUUCCGGCUCCAGAGACAGAGGGAGCUGGAAGGGAGCCGUCCAGUUUUUUCCAAAGGGGGCGACGGGGCCGAGGCGGUUUGAGCUCUUCUCUUUUCCUAGCCAAGGAACUGAAACUUCUCUCUCUCGGCUUCGUGCUCCCCUUUCCGCCCCCUCCCCGGUGCUGGUGUCGCUGUUGCUGAAGGGAAGUGAAAAUGAAAUCGGCUUUUCUGAGAAAUGAUGAGAGCGGCCGAGGCCGCCAAUGAGCAGCUGCGCCCAACUUCCGCACCUCUUUCAUUCCAGCCCCCACCUCCCUUCUGCACAAACAGGCCUCGGAGAGGUGGAAGGAGAGAGGGGGGGAAGGAAGGGAGGAGGAGGAGGAGGAAUUUCCAAGAUUGGGCUCCUCGCCGCUCCUCGCCUUGUUUUGCUUUCGAUCUGGCGUCAGGACUAAUCCCCGCCAAAAAUACAGAGGAGGAAUAACUUUUAGUUUUGCUCCCGCGAUUUAUUCCGCCGCCGGUUUUCCUUUCCAUUUUGCGUCUCUUGGCAACCGUGACAACCUUGAGGAAUUACAUAAAUACCGGGAAACACACAAUUGGUAAGAGGAAACAAUGCCUGUGGAAAGAAUGCGAAUGCGGCCAUGGCUAGAGGAACAAAUAAAUUCAAACAAAAUUCCAGGGCUGAAAUGGCUAAAUGAGGAAAAGAAGAUUUUUCAGAUUCCUUGGAUGCAUGCUGCACGUCAUGGGUGGGAUGUUGAGAAAGAUGCUCCUUUAUUUCGGAAUUGGGCCAUUCACACUGGAAAGUACCAGCCAGGAGUCGAUAAAGCAGAUCCAAAAACAUGGAAGGCCAAUUUUCGAUGUGCAAUGAACUCCUUGCCAGACAUAGAAGAAGUUAAAGACAAAAGCAUCAAGAAAGGGAACAAUGCUUUCAGAGUGUAUCGGAUGCUGCCAUUAUCCGAGAGGCCUUCUAAGAAAGGAAAAAAACCAAAGUCUGACAAGGAAGAUAAAGUUAAACAAAUCAAGCAAGAACCAGAAGAGUGCUCUUAUCAGCUGAGUAAUGGAACAAGUCCAGAGUUUUCUAAUUACUGCUUGUCUUCGACAAUAAAAACUGAAAUUGACAGUACAAUAAACAUUGUUGUUGUAGGAGAAUCACACUUUGAGGUUGGUUCUGAGGAUCACAUGAUAGUUUCCAAUCCUCCAGAUGUUUGCCAAGUAGUAGAGGUAACAACAGAAUGUGAUGACCAGCCCAGCUGCAUGAGUCAACUAUAUCCACUACAAAUCUCUCCUGUCUCCUCCUAUGCAGCAGAAAGUGAAACGACAAAUAGCAUCCCGAGUGAUGAAGAAAAUGCACAAAGUCAACUUCAGUGGCAAAAGAAAAACAUCGGUGGGAAGCAAUAUUACAGCAAUUUGGGCACAAGGAAUCCACCUUACCCGCUUCCUGGUAUGGGCACCUUUGUGACUUCUAACCAACCUGACCUCCAGGUGACCAUCAAAGAAGAAACCUCCCUUUUGCCUUACAGCAGCUCAUGGCCACCUUUUCCAGAUCACCCUCUCCAACAAAUAGUUUGCUCAGCUUCUACCAGCUACACUAGCAGGCCUCCAGAUCAUGAAAACCGGGCAAGUGUCAUCAAGAAAACCUCAGAUAUCACUCAGUCAAGAGUCAAGAGCAGCUAAGCCAUUCACUGAUAUGUUCCUGGCAAAUGGCAUCUCAUGGCUUUGAGGAGCAUAUCUAGUGGGAGCUCUACAAAUUUAAGGAAAACCUGGAUAGUACAGGAUAUGACUGUGUAUCAACUCCAGCACUGGAGCAUCUUAAACUCAGGGCUCCGCUCAUCAGAAUGUUGGAGUUCCAAGAUUACAGCCCAGGGAAUGGAGGUUCACUUAGAAGUGUAUUGCCAAGCUUCCUCAAGCAUCCCUCCCCAAAGUCCCUCCAAACAGAAGCGCUUCACUUCUUGCAGCCACCAUGAUGAACUUCAAACUUUUGGAAGGAAAGAGAAAAUGUGAACUCGCUGAAUAUUUUUUUCUGCAGAAUCUAUUGUUAAUAUGUACAUAAUGCAGCACUAGCAAUAUUGCAGUCUGCUUUCGCACCUUAUUUAAAAAAAAAAAAGCACUUGCAAAAAAGGCCUUUUAUUAAUGAAUGGCACAUCUAAAGCUCCAGGUUUGACCUCUCCUAGGGCUUUUCUGACAUAUGUAGCCUUGGAAUCUGGAAAUAUGAAUUAAAAAGGAAGGUAAAACUUCCCAUGUACAUUUCACAGAUUGUUUUGAAGAGUGCUUGUCUUAUUUGUGUCUAAUCUGCUAUGCUUGAAAUCUGUGUGGUACAAUAGGAAAAAAUCUAUUACAGAUAUAUUAUGCAAAUUCCUAGGUUUUAAAGAAAAUUUACCCUAAUUCUAACCAGAGUAAGCUUUUUUAUUUUUUUAUACAGUGGAAUAUUUUAUUCAAAGUAAAAUUCUAAAGUGAAUAUAAUUGUUUCAAGUUUUUUAUCUUUUCUACAGCAAAUUUAUAAUUUUACAAUUUAGUGUUUGGUUGUCAGCAACUAUCACAUCUUUGUGGCACAUUUCUUUUUUCACUUUCUCCCUCUCUUGCUCUUCCUAUCCUUUUCUCUAUUUUACAAUUUGUAAAGGUGAAAUAAUGAGUUUUAUGUAGCAAUCAAAGUAUCCUGUGGAUUGAUAAUAAAUAUAUAUAGCUAAGUUUUAAAUAAAUACUUUGUCUACAUUUAUGAAAUGGUUAGAAAUCAUAAGGGGUGAGUUGAGAAAUAUUGUGAUGAGCAAAAAGUAUGAGGAAGGAGAGAAUGAUGAAUAUCUGGGCUAAAAAUUGUAUCAAAACACAAAUAUUUAACAAAACACCAUGAAAUUCAAUCAGAGAAUUAUAUUUAGCAAGUCCUGAAAUAAAAUGAAUGCUAUUUCCUAGGUUUUAAAAAUGAAACGUGUUAAAUGGCCUCAUGACCUUACUUUCAAAUAAAAUACUUCAUAUUUAAUUUAUUCAUUGCUAAAAGUA